UGAACUGUGAAAGAAAAAGGUUCAUUUGUGAAAGAAGAAGAUGGAGGUAGGGUUCUUGGGACUGGGAAUAAUGGGCAAAGCCAUGUCCAUGAACUUGCUGAAGAAUGGAUUCAAAGUCACUGUUUGGAACAGAACUCUUUAUAAGUGUGAUGAAGUUGUGGCUCAUGGUGCCUCAGUUGGAGAAACACCUGCAGAAGUAGUUAAGAAAUGCAAGAUCACCAUUGCCAUUUUAUCUGACCCUGCUGCUGCUCUUUCUGUUGUAUUUGACAAAGAUGGUGUUCUUGAGCAAAUUUGCAAUGGUAAAGGUUAUAUUGACAUGUCGACUGUUGAUCCCCAGACUUCUUGCAAAAUCAGUGAGGCGAUUACAUCCAAAGGCGGUCACUUCCUCGAGGCACCUGUUUCGGGUAGCAAACAGCCUGCAGAAACUGGUCAACUGGUCAUUCUUGCUGCUGGGGAUAAGGCAUUGUAUGAAGAAGCAGGUCCAGCUUUCAAUGUCUUGGGGAAGAAGUCAUUCUUCUUGGGACAAAUUGGUAACGGUGCAAAAAUGAAACUUGUUGUCAACAUGAUAAUGGGCAGUGUGAUGAACGCGUUCUCGGAAGGACUUGUGUUGGCCGAGAGAGGCGGAUUGAAUCCGCACGACCUUCUUGAUGUGUUGGACCUGGGUGGCAUUGCUAACCCGAUGUUUCGAGGGAAGGGGCCGGCAAUGCUUCGAGACGAUUAUUCGCCUGCAUUCCCAUUGAAACAUCAGCAGAAAGAUAUGAGGUUGGCUCUUGCACUUGGGGAUCAAAAUGCAGUAUCAAUGCCGGUAGCAGCAGCAGCCAAUGAGGCUUUCAAGAAGGGCAGAAGCAUGGGGUUGGGGGACGUUGAUUUUUCAGCUGUUUUGGAGACGGUGAAGCUUCUUAAACAUCCAUCUUGAUACAAUGAAUGUCUUCAAAAUACCAACAGAUGGUGUAAUGAUUUAGGGAAACAGAGGUUUUCAUGUU